AUGCGUUUCCUCUAUUGCGAAAAUGACGGCUCCUUCGGUCCAGCCGUCCAACACUGCCACCGAGGAUUUGAUUUCACAGUCAAAUUCGAAAUAAUUGUCCUUGAAAUUCUUCCUUCGGCCAUAUUAACUGGGCUAGUCGUCCCUAGACUCUAUCUUUUGGCUCGUAAACCGCCCAUCGUCGGCGGUACUUGGUUUCAGGUGCUCAAGCUAACGUCGCUCUUGGGCCUGGCCAUUCUACAGCUAGCUCUGGCUAUAAUAGGAUCUCGAGCUGUCCAAUUUCGACAAUCUAUUAUAGCUUCAACGGUCCUCAACCUUGUAGCGUCAUUGUCCAUGGGCGCGCUUAGCGUCUUUGAACAUGCUCGCGAUGCACGACCCUCAAUUAUACUCAACAUUUACUUGCCACUCACGCUGCUGUUCGACCUUGCAAGCAUUCGGACAUUCUGGUUAUCGUCGUCUGGCCAUGAUAGCGCUGUAUUCACUGGUGUCUUCACUGCUGCUGUCGCUGUCAAAGCUUUUAUCGUGCUCCUCGAAGCGAAACAGAAAGGCCACUGGAUUUCAUCGCAGGAUGCAAAACGAAGCCCGGAGGAGACGAGCGGGAUUUACGGCCUAGCUACCUGUACCUGGCUGGCCCGACUUCUCUGCACCGGCUACAAGGUCAUUUUGAAGUCCCAGCACCUCUACCCUCUCGAGCCGAGCAUGAGUGCCGAGCACCUCCAGCAGGAGGCUCUGCGACUCAGACUUUCUGCCUUUAAUGGAAAGCAGUUUGCGCUCGCAAAGUCCGUACUAUGGGAGUUGCGUAUUCCUUUCUUACUGCCAGUCCUCACACGCGCCGCCCAGCUAGGCUUUGAACUGGCUCAACCCCUUUUCAUCCAGAGCAUUCUCAACUAUCUGUCCCAGCCUGAAGGACGGCCUGCGAGCAGUGGCUAUGGGCUCAUAGGUGCUGCGGUCUUCAUCUACGUUGGGGCUCCGAUGUCAGCCGUGAUGCAAGCGUACUUUCACCAGAGAUUCCUUUUCAAGCUGCGCAGCGUCCUUGUGAGCGCCAUCUUCCAGAAGACGACAACUGUCAAUGUCACGGCUGGAGACGACAAGAAGGCCUUGACUCUCAUGAGUACAGACAUCCAGCGAAUUGUUCUCGGUUUUACAUCCAUUCAUGACUUGUGGGCCAUUCCCAUUCAGCUCGCGGUGACAUACUAUCUACUGUUUCGUCAGAUUGGCCCUUCCUUCACUGCGUCCGUUAUCGUAACAAUGCUAUGUAUUGUUGCAUCAAGUAGCGUUAUGCGCACCGUGGGUAAGCUUCAGAAGCAGUGGAUGGAGCAUGUUCAAGCCCGCAUCAGCAAAACUGCCAAUGUUAUUUCCAACAUAAAGAGCAUCAAAAUUUCGGGACUAGGCGACGCCACAGAAACGGCGAUACAGAAAAUGCGAGUCAACGAAAUCAGCAUUGGGAACAAGUUUCGCAGCCUUCUGAUGCUCAACAUUACACUUGGCUUUACGCCCGGGCAAUUAUCUCCCAUGUUUACCUUUGUCACCGCCAUGCGUGACCUGAGUGUCACGGCCAUCUUCACUUCCAUGUCGCUUCUGGCCCUCGCGGGUGGAAAGCUUAAUGUGUUGAUUCAGAAGGCGCCGUACUUGAUGGCGUCGUUAGCUUGUUUCCAAAGAAUUCAAGAGUUCUUGGAACAAAAAGGCCAGCACGACUUUCGUGAGCAGAAAAUGUCGGAUGCCGAAACAACAGGAGACCCAGGUUCACAACGGGGUAAUUACUCUAGUUCCAUCAGCAUCCGUGAUGGAUGCUUCGGCUGGGAAGACGGAAAAUAUAUCGUCAAGAACGUAUCAGCAGAGAUUGAACCCGGCCUCACAAUUGUUGCUGGGCCGGUCGCGUGUGGAAAGUCGACGUUGUGCAAAGCCCUUCUCGGUGAGACUGUCUUCAAUAGAGGACACAUUCUCCUGGACAUGGACUGUUCUAAGAUUGGAUUCUGCGAUCAAACUCCUUUUCUCCUCAAUGCCACAAUCAGAGAGAAUAUUGCCGGCAAGGGCGAUGUCGAUGAGGUCCGGUAUGAAGAGAUUCUAAAAGCUACCAUGCUACACAUAGACCUACUGCUUCUGCCGCAAGGCGACGAGACCAUGGUUGGCAGCAACGGUGCAGCUUUGAGUGGUGGACAAAAGCAACGAGUCUCUAUUGCCAGAGCGCUAUAUGAGCGUUGCCAGCUCAAUGUUUUUGAUGACGUGCUCAGCGGGCUUGACAGGGACACAGAGCAACAAGUGUUCAACCGUGUUUUUGGACCAUUUGGGCUGCUAAGGAAGCGGAAGACAACAACAGUAUUGUGUACGCAUUCCAUCAGACAUCUACCUUUAGCAACUCAUAUUAUCGUCCUGUCUCAAGAAGGUACAGUUGCUGAACAGGGAACAUUUUCUGCCCUUCGGUCGAAUGACAACUACGUUCAAAGUCUUGGAUUGACAAGGCGUGACCGCGGCAAUGACUCCGAAAAUGAUGAAACAAGCCAAGGAAGCACUUUGAAGCUGGCGGAGCGAAGGCCGCAACGCACCGCGGCCGAUGCCAAAAGCAGAGAUGCGACGAGGACAAGAGGCGAUAGGAAAGUAUUUGUGCACUACUUUGGUAGCAUCGGAAUAUGCUGGCUUGCCAUGCUUGUCCUGAUGGGGGUGGUCUGCGGCUUCUUCUGGAACUUUCCCAAUGUUUGGCUGAAACUGUGGUCCGAAGACACUGCGCGGGCUGACUCUCUCCACGGCAUAUCGUAUUGGCUUGGCAUAUACAGUGCUUUCGCAAUGCUGUCAUUACUAGCCAUCACGGCAGAGGUGAGCAUCGGGAUGCUGGCUGUGGCAAAGGUCACCGGCACCAAGCUACACAGCGACGCGUUACGAACGGUGAUGGCAGCACCGCUGCGGCUCUUUGCCACUACAGACAUGGGUGUCAUUACCAACCUUUUCUCUCAAGACAUGUCUCUUGUUGACGAAGAGCUGCCGGUGUCUUUAUUGGAGGCUGUCAUUAUGAUGUGGAUUGUGAUUGGUGCCGCCGCUGUCACAGCCACGGUAUCGCCGUACGUGCUCAUCGCAUAUCCAUUCAUAUUUGCCGCUGUGUAUUUCAUUCAAAGGUUCUACCUGCGCACGUCGCGGCAACUUCGACUAUUGGAUCUGGAAGCAAAAAGCCCCCUCUACACCCACUUCUUUGACACUAUGAAGGGCAUUGCCACGUUUCGUGCUUUCGGAUGGACAGACAGGGCCGUGACCCUGAACCGCAUCCUCUUGGACAGCUCCAUCAGGCCUGACUUUCAGCUCAAAAUGAUUCAAAGUUGGCUCUCGUUCGUUCUAGGAAUGUUGGUCGCAGUGCUGGCGGUCACUAUUGUCAUCCUAGCAACGCAGCUAAAAGCCGAAUCCGGCCUCACAGGCGCGAGCAUGGUGGCCAUCAUCAGCUUUGGUGGGUACUUGAGCUCCAUUAUUGUGAACUACACACUACUCGAAACAUCUAUUGGUGCCGUUAAUCGACUCAAGACGUUCAGCGAUAAAACACUCGUAGAGGAUUCUGCUCAGCAUGGUAAAACUUUGCCUGCAUCGUGGCCAGAUACGGGACACGUAAUUCUGCAAGGAAUAUCCACGUCGUAUGAUAAACCCCGCGGAGACACGGCCAACAUUGGAUCGCCGAAGCCGACACUCAAGAACGUGAGCCUCGAGAUUAUGCCCCGUGAAAAAGUGGCAAUCUGUGGACGUACAGGAAGCGGGAAAUCCUCACUUGUCCUUCUUCUCCUACGGCUACUCGACCCGAUUCCAGGAGCUAUUCAUACCAUUUCGAUUGAUGGCAUAUCCCUUGCCGACAUUGAUGGUAACGUUGUCAGACAGCGUGUCAUCGCGAUCGCGCAGGAUGCCGUGUUCUUGCCAGACGGCGCAUCUUUUCGCAUGAAUCUUGACCCGAACGGUAAAGGCAGUGACGACAUCUGCCAGCAGUCGCUUCAGGUGACCGGAAUGUUGACAUAUGUACUGGAGCACGGCGGCUUAGGCGGAGAGCUGACUGCCGAUGAAUUAAGUCAAGGCCAGAAGCAGCUCUUCGUACUGAGUCGGGCGAUUGUACGCCGUCGCAUGCGCGCCUUGGCUAGACACGCCGACGCAGGUGAUGUGCUGGCCCUUGCUCCACCAAACGCCAUUGGCUUGGAUACUUGCGCGCGAGAUGAUCAUGGUGGUAUGUUAAUUCUCGAUGAGUACAACAGCAGUGUGGAUGCGGCAACAGACAAGAGGAUGCAAGACAUUAUCGCACAGGAGUUCAAGCACUAUACGGUGAUUAUGAUCAGCCACAGGCUGGAGACGGUGUUGAGAUUUGACAAGGUUGUGGUACUUGACUCUGGACGAGUUGUUGAGCAAGGUGUGCCGGAAGCUCUACUGAAGCAAGAUGGUAGUCGCUUCAAAGAGUUGUGGGUCUCAGGCGGCAACUGA